AUGGCGUUCGUCUCCCAGCUCUUCCAGAGACUUAGGCUAUCGCGGGCUUCGGUAUCGCGAUAUUCUACACUGAGAGCACCCAAGGAAAGCGGCGAGAUGAUACCACCAAUAGAGGCAAGGGACGCAAGCAGCGGGGCCGUAAACGCAGCAGCCAGCGUUUCAGACUAUUCAAUCUUCAAAGAGGACGAGAAGUACAGUCGCAAGGCUUGCCUGACGGCUCUCCAAGGUGAAAAGGUACCAGAAGCACUCGGCCACCCACUGCAUGAAUUCUGUACGGUCCAUGGCAUUCGGUACCACUCAGGCUUCGGCGAUGAGCUGCAUGGAUCUUCACCAAUCUUCGCUCGUGCUCUGAAUGCGCGAAGAAUUAUGAGCGGCAUCAUUCCCGACAUAAAGUCUCCUCUUGAGAUGCCGUACUGUAUAUGGCAUCCCGUCACCGCACUCGAGAAGACCUACCGGGAGCUCGUGCAAAGAUAUCCGCAAAUGGCAUAUCACGUCGCCAGAGCGUGUGCUGUGGCUGGAUACACACGGCUCUAUGGGGAGCUGGACGUCCUGCCCGACGUGCAUGUCGCCGAAGAAGCAAGAGAGUGUGGCAAUAUGGCCAUCUACGACGCCGUUGUGUCUCAACCGGUCCGUUACAGCAUCAUGAACGACUACACGCGCUCCGUGGAUGUUGAUAGCCGGCAAGCUGCAAACCUCAAUGGCGAUACGUGUGUCUGCUGGAUGCUUAACAUCAAACAGAAACUGCCGAGCGAGGACGAUGUCGCUGACCCGCUCUUCGGGUCACUCGAGUACCAAGAAACAAUGUUCGACCUGUGUGAGGAUCAUCACUUCGACGAGCGCAAUUCUGAGGCUCCUUCAAAGUCGGUGUCCGCAUCGAGGCCGGAACUACGACUACUUCACGAGCCGUUACCGGCUGAUUUACCGACAGUCCAGAAAGAUUUGCUCAUCCUCAUGGCUGCAUACCACGGCAACGUUGACAGGUACAUCUCUCCUGGAAACCAGCCUGAGCUCAGCAGCACUGAGACUCGGGCUUCGCGCGCCAGCUGGCUCUUCGUCAACAUCUACGGAAGUUACCAACAGCUGAGGACGAUGAAGCUUGCGACAAGCCCCGGCGUGACCGUCGACGUCUGCGUGGACGGUGUUGCGCUACAAGAAUACGACGAUCCAGGCGAAGCGGGCAACGAUGAGCCACUGAAGCGAGUAAAGUACAUCGAGGCUGUGCCGGGCUCAAACUUCACUAUCCGCCUCCAGACGAUUAGAGCUCAGCUAGGCGGAUGUGAAAAGGACGUGCUUGACUGGACAAUUCACUUGGACGGCAAGUAUGCGACUGAUCGUAUCGCCUCCGUCUACAGUACGUCGGCCUACUGUUCUUCUAUCGAGGUUGUGGACCGGAAGGUCGGUAGUGCCUACGUCAAAGAGUGCUUCACAUUUGCUGAGCUAAACACCGACGAGGGACCACUGCAAGGCCUGAAACCCAUUGACUUCCAGCAGCUUGGCGAAAUUGAGGUGCGCUGCGUCUUCGCUCGUCGGACUGGCGCUUCAAGACCGCUUGACGGUGAAAGCUUUACGCCUGUCUCAAAAGGAAAGGCCCUGCCAGAGAAGGUGCUCAAAGGGCGUGCGAUCUCCAGCCAAGUUUCGUUGGGCCAGCCAGAACUGCUGAACUAUGUCCCGACCGUGAGUUCUCUCAACUGGCCAUACGGCAAAAAGCCGUUUGCGACGUACGCUUUCAGGUACAGAUCGCACCGCGACCUACAAAUCGAGAACAUCAUCCCGCGCUCUCCCUCUCCUGUGCCACUUGAAGACAGGGAUCCGGAGUUCCUCACGCUCGAGGAAGCCAGAGAACUUCUCCGUCGUAAUCGGGAGAAGGACGCAGAGCAAGCUCGCACGAAGGAAGAGAAGGUCCGUGUGAAGAAGGAGAAGCGCGAUCGCGAAUCGUUCGAGAAUGACGAUGACCUCGCUAUCACCGGAGAGAACCAGGCGAACAAGCGCACCCGCCUGUCGACCGACUCUGGUAUCGAGAUCGUCGACCUGACGGACCUUUGA